AUGCUGGAAACCAUUGCCAAGGGCAUGCAGCAACUACAAGAACUACAAGCCCAAGCCAUGUCUAGGACGUCAGCUACAGCAAGCGAGACAGUUAAGCCAGGAACCCUAGCAUUGGCGGAGCUUCCCGAUGUUCAUGGAGGCGCUCAGUCGGCCUUGCUCUUCCAGGACUGGGUUGAGGUAGCGUCGUCGGUGAUGGCCGAUGUUUCGGAGCAGUCGGGAGCGUGGUGGAAAUCUGUUAUGUUGCUAGUGGAGAGCGCCUACGUACGGUGGUUGAAUGCUACCCCUCUGGAGCGACUAGCCAUUGGACCAGAGGGAACCGACGACCUGGUGACCAACAGGUGGACACGCCUAAAUGCUCGUGUGACCUCAAUGCUACUGUCGGCUAUGAGCUCAGAGUUGAAGGCCGACAUGCUGUCACAGAGAAUCAGCCAGAAUGCCCCAAAGAUGGUUUUCAGGUUGUUCACGUGGUACCAGCCAGGAGGUUCAGCAGAGCGACAUGAGGUGUUACGGAGGUUGCAAACACCGCAGGACUACGUGGUGGGGGAGGGCGUUCAGGAUGCGCUGAAGGAGAUCCGUGGAUGGCCAAGGUGGCUGGCGAGAUGUUCGAACAUGGGAAUGGUUCCUCCGGACCCUUCGGUGAUGGCGAGGGGGCUGCACAGUGUUUCUCAGAAGCACAUUGCUGCCUCGCAGGACUCGUCGUUCAGGACGGCGAUGCUGCGAACUACGCUUCGCUUGGACGGGCAACCGUCCUUGGAUCAGGUACGUUCGUACCAGAGGCACUUGCAGGCAGAGCUCGAGAACUUGGCGGCUGCUCACCCAUACUACGACGACCCCUCACGCGAGAGCCGUGGAAGGACCUUCGACGCCAACGUCACCUACUACAACCAAGGGUACUUUGCGAAGCCAUCUGGAUGCAAACGGGGUGAUCGCUGUACCUACUCGCACAAUAUGCAGCUGAUGGACCGCGAUCUAAGGUCUCGUAAGUGUUUGAGAUGCGGCAGUGAAGCUCAUCGUGCCAAGGACUGCGUUGUGGGCAAGGGCGUACCAAAGGGACCCCCGGGGGCCCCACCAGUGAAGCAAGGAGACAAAGGAGGUGGACGGGAUCCUGGAGUGUCUUCGGUGAGUACGGCGUCUUCGACCCUUAACAGCAGUGAAGUACCGAUCCAAGGUGUUCCCUGGACCAUGGAGACGUUGAUGCAGGCGGCCCAACAGGUGAUCCAGAACCAAUCCUCAACUUCGCCUUCCGGGGAUUCGUCGCCUGAGAAGACUAAGCCCCAGGUCAGGGUGUUGGCGAUAAGGGACAUUCGGGUGUCUUCAAUGAACGACACGACCUCAGCACUCCUGGACUCAGGCGCCACGCAUUGCCUACGAAGCGCAGUGGACAGUAAGGAGUGGGACGAGGCGGAAGAAGUCCUGGUGAGGCUGGCGGCAGACAGGACACUGGGGUACACCCUAACAUGGUCUCCGCAGGGAUGCAAGUUGCGAGAUGAGUUUGGUGUGGAGCGGAACUUGAAGGUCUCAGGAGGGUGUCCACUACUACAAGAAACUGAAGCUCUCGCAAUGAUUUCUAGAUUGGAGAACAAAAAGCGAGAGAUGUUGGAGAACCAAACUACGGCGACCAUGGAUGCGGUGACCUUGGCAGCUAUGAGGCUGGAGAUGUCGUGGAGGGAUCACUUGGAGCAGUACGUCAAGGACGGGUCGAUGGAGGCAGGUCUGCGGGCCCUACGUGAUGUUCCGUAUCUACAGGACGUCCCGGGGGAAUGCGUAGAUGGGCUCAUUCAGACGGGUCUCCACAAGAAGGGAUGGAAAGUAGUGAAGGAAGUGGACUUUCUUACACGACCCCAGAAGAGGUACUUGUUCGGGGCAAGGAAGUGGAUCGUCCACGUAUGUGCUGGCAAUCCUGGACACUACCAGUUCUUCCAGCUCGAUGAUGGCCACACUGCAGUGCUGGAAAUAGAUCUAGACCGCAACCGAGGCCAGGAUCUGAUGAAGAGCUCCACGUGGCGAUUGCUUUUAUGGGGCGCGCUCACGGGGAAGAUAGACUCCCUCAUUGGAGGACCCCCAGGUCGAGGCGCCUCCUUCAACCACAUCGACAAGUACGGCGACAAGGACCUAAGGAGCUUGACCGUGAUUACAAGGAUGUUGUGGUUGUACACAAUCGCGACGGCCUCCCGCAUGGCAUGCUCAGGGAAGGUGCAGCAUCAACAUCACGGUCGUCCAGUGGGCUUUGUUUUGGAGCACCCCGCGGAGGAGAUCCGAGCAGAGCGGUCCUGGUGGAAAACGCCUAUAUGGGAAAUGUUUCAGGAGGAGAUGGGGAUGUCCAAGGUUACGUUUGACCAAAAAUGCAUGGGGGCAUCGAGUUCGUCCUUAACAACCAUGGGAACCAACAUCUACUACCUGAUGGGAUUGGACGGUGUAGGUCGUGAUGUGGACCAAGACACGGAAGGUGAAAGUGGACACCAAGGAAGCGGAGUUUGGUCCCCAGGGCUUGUGAACGCAGUGGUGAUGGCCCUCCGGUUCUGGACGAGCCGCCCUAAGUGCUCUCCAACUCUGAUGGCAAUGUCGCCGGAGCAGUGGAAACAGCAUGUGCAGUCGGGGCACGCGAACUACCACAGGGAUUGCCUUACAUGUGUUACCUCAAGAGGAACGGGAAGAAGACAUGCUCGGGUUCGACACCCCGAUUCCUUCACACUCACCAUUGACCUGGCGGGGCCGGUGAAGCCUGGUCUGGAUGCUACGUCGAAGGGGACAAUGGGGCGUGGCCUGAAGUACCUCUUCGUCGCCCGUUAUGUGUUCCCCAGGGAGUUUGCGAAGGCCUACUCGGGACGGUCACCCCCCGAGGACAAUGGGUUGCGAGAUCCACAAGAGGCGGAGCACAACUUCGAGGAGGAGGGCGAUGGCAAGGAACUUGCGAGACCUUCUCUACUACCACCACGUGAAGAAGGGGAGGAAAAAGGUGAAGGCGAGCAUGGUUUGGAGGACCGUGCGAAUGGCGAGGAACUUGCGAGACCUUCUCUACUACCACCACGUGAAGAAGGGGAGGAAAAAGGUGAAGGCGAGCAUGGUUUGGAGGACCGUGUGAAUGGCGAGGAACUUGCAAUACCUUCUCUACUACCACCACGUGAAGAAGGGGAUCCGUUCAGUUUUUUGGAAGAUGAGCCAAGUGAGCAGGGCCCACUUCAAGACGAUGAAGAUGAGCCAAGUGAGCAGGGUCACCAGUCGUCAUAUGAUGAAGAGGUUGACAAAGAUCUCAUGGGCUUUGCUGGUGGAUCACAGGAACAGAAGCGUACCUAUGAGAAGGGAGAUUUGGACUACGAGCCAUCCCUACCAGGAAGUGAUCCUCCUUGUGAGCUACCAGGUGAUCUUCCCAGGAGGAGCGAACAGGUACCUUUUCCAGAUUGCGAGGCACCUGAAAUGACACACCUACUAUUUGCCCGUGCUCUACCAAACAAUGGGACAAUGGCGGUGAAGGCCGCUUUACAAGAUGUCACCUUGUACCUGGAGGCCCAUGGACUUCCGGUUUAUCGUCUACACGCGGACAAGGGCGAGACCUACAACCACACGAUCCGUUCGUGGCUUCGGGACCAAGGGAUCAGAGCGACAUGGUCAGAACCUGGGGUUCCUCAAGGGAAUGGUCAAGCGGAGACAAGUGUGAGGUGGAUAAAGGAUCGGGCCAGGACGUUGUUGAUGGCGUCAGGUCUUCCAGUUCGUUUGUGGCCAACGGCGGUGGAGGCGGCAACGGCGUGUCAGAGAGCAAGAGUGCUUGGUUGGAAACAGAAAAUGCUAGUCCCCUAUGGUUCCGUGGUUCACGUGAAGCAAAAGGCCUUUGACUCCAGUGGUCCAAGGAGAAGAGAGCGUGCUUUUGAGUCAAAGUGGUUCAGAGGGAUUUACGUGGGACUGAGCAAUAUCCUGGACAAUGGGCACGUGAUCUACGUACCGGGCACCAAGGAUACUAAGGAGAAGUUUGUGCAUACGCUUCAUGCUAGGAAGAAGCUCGUGGACCCAGGUCCGCCUGUCGAGGAGGCGGUGGUGGAUGAUCCUAAGCCCAGGAGGAGACUUGUGCAGAAAACACCACUGGAGGAUGUGGAGAUGCGGGCACUCAAGUUGAAGGGUGAUGACCUCGAUGAGUAUAUCAAGACCCGCUCAAGUAUUUUGUUGAGUGACUGGGACCAGGAGCAAGCCACCCGGUUUAUUGAUGAGCUAGCAGAACACAACUUCUUCGAGGAUCACAAGUUCGGCGUCUUCAGGCAUGGUGGAAGUGUGGGAUGGUUACGGGGUUUGGGAGAGUAUCCUGAGCUCUCUAGACUCCUGAGCAAGUUGAUCCGGCACUCCAACCCCGAGGCAACGUUCACCGCUAUUCAGGUCGCCCGGAAUAUGGACAAGGGGAUGCACCGUGACUUCAACAACGACGAGCGUGCAGUGAACUACGUGUAUCCAGUAAGGGUGCCGCGUCAUGGAGGUGAUCUAUGGGUUGAGUUGUGCAAGGGUGAUGCAGUGAAAGGGGAAAUAGCAGAGCGUGUAGAUGAUCGUGGAAAGAAGGUCUACGGCCAGAUCUACAGGAUGAGGUCUGGAGUGACUACGGUGUUUUCUCCAAGAAGGACCCAUGAGGUCCUACCGUGGGAGGGUGUACGUACGGUGCUGAUUGCCUACACUCCGCAGUGCUUGGGAAAGCUUGAUCAGCAAAUGGUCAACGAGCUGGAGGAUCAUGGUUUCUCUGUCCCAUUGUCUCAGAUGCCAGACUACUUUACUCCGGAAGGAGUGGAGUUGAAUGCCUUACAACCACCACAAGACGACGCGGAGGAGGACCAGUUCUCUGAGGCGAACUACACGGGCUAUAUGGACGAUACUGACCUCGAGGAGUGGGACAUGUUCGUGGAGGCAGACGAUGGUCUGGUGAAGGUGGGAACCAGUGAAGGGUUCUCUACGGAUCAAGAGGAGCUGGCCUUACAAAAGGUGGAAGUUACGUAUACAAAGAAUGUGGAGGAGAUCCUUCGCAACUUAAGCAGCCCUCUUGAAGUGACCUACACAGUCGACCCACGGGAAGUGCAUCAGAACAUUGAGCUCUGGCGUUCGGCUAUAGAGCGUGAAGUGACCAGUGUUGCAGUUGCAAUUUGCAAACUUCUUCCGGGAACGCCGCAGAGAGCGGAAUGGUUGCACCGACCAGGCGCCCAGAAGCUACCCACCAAACUGGUCUUCACUGUGAAGCCGGGUGCAAACCCGGACCCGUUAGACCCAAGUACAUGGUUCAAGAGAAAGGCGAGGCUGGUGGUCUGUGGAAACUACGCAUCAGCAGAUGGCUCCGAUCUCUACUCCGAGACGGCGCCCUCAGAGUCAGUGAGGAUGGGCUUGGUAUAUUCCAUACGACAAAAAUGGAUGGUAGGACUGAUCGAUGUCGUUGCGGCCUUCCUACGUACACCGCUGAACUAUGAGGAGGGUGCCCCCACCAUCAUUGUUACUCCGCCUCGACUGUUGGAGCGGUUGUCUAUGAUUCUUGAAGGUGAACUGUGGGGGUUGGUCAGGGCCCUUUACGGGUUGCGCCAGGCACCGGCCCUUUGGAGCGCCUACCGAGACAAGAGGUUGGAGGCAAUGAAGUUCCCUAUGGGCAUGAGGCUACAUCGAGGACGGACAAUAACGGCUUGGUGGGUCUUGAAGGACGAGAAUGGCAAGAUCCGAGCUCUCAUCAUAAUCUACGUCGACGAUAUCUUGCUCAUGGGUGAGGAGACGGUUGUCCGCGAUAUUGCUACAACAGUCCAGGAGGAGUGGACUACGUCACCACUUACUAUACUUCGUCCGGGAGAACCUAUCAGAUUUCUGGGAACGGAGAUGGAGGUGGAUCCUGACCACAUGACUGUGUAUUUGAGUCAGCGCGGUUACGUUGAGGAGGUGGUCAGGGCUUACGGGUUUAGCGAAGAAGACAAGGCGAAGAUCCCUUUGGCCAAGGACCUCGCAAGCUUUGAGUGGGUUGAAGGGGACUUGGAACCUACUCCAGAUGCAGUGGCGAGUGCGCAGCGAGUGACUGGAGAAGUCAUGUGGAUGGCUCACAAAACUCGAGCAGAUGUAGCUUACAGCUCAAGCUUGAUGGCGUCAAUCACCUUGAAGGCUCCGUUCCGGUGUUUGGACAUAGGCUACAAAGUCUUAAAGUACCUGUACGGCACGAGAGACUACAAGUUGGCAAUUCGAGACGAUGGAAGUGGCCUGGUGCUCUACCCGGACGCAGCGUUCGCUCCGAGCAGCGGGAGGUCCCACACUGGAUGGCUGGUGUGUUGGUGCGGAACGCCGAUAUGUUGGAGGAGCGGAAGACAGGCCAGCAUAACGUUGAGCACGGCGGAGAGCGAGCUACAGGCAAUCAUCGAGGGCUCUGUCGGCAUGUUGGGUUUGGAGGCUAUGCUCUUGGACUUGGAAGUGGAGCCUAAGGCCAAGGUGAUCAGGAGUGACUCAACGAGUGCCCUGGCCAUUGGGGCCGGAACCGGGAGUUGGAGAACGAGACACCUGAGGUUGAAGGCUUCCUGGAUACAAGAGAUGAUUUCACGUGGUGAGGUCAUAGCAACGCAUCAGCCGGGGAUCCACCAGCCAGCCGACUUGCUCACGAAGCCGUUAGCCGGCCAGCGUAUUCGAGACCUACUGCAAUUGUGGGGUAUAACGGACGGCAUCGCUACUCGACCUACUACAAGGAGCACGACUUCAGCGACGGCAAUGACGCGGAUGUUGGUUGCAAUGGUGUGCUGUAUGCUAGUGCUGACAGUUGAAGCUCAACCCCAGUCAGCGGGACGGACCAUCGACGUAGACUGGGACAUGGUCGCGAUCUUUAUGGGUCUACUAAUGGUUCUUGGUGGUUUGAUCUUGUACGAGGCGGUCAGAUGGGGUGUAGUCGAGGCCUACUACAAGUAUUUACCUGGUGCAACAACACGGACCAGUUGGAGGCACUUCUUCGACGAUGGAGUCAAGGAGAAGUACCAGACCAGCGACCCCGCCAAGGGCAAGGUCACAGCCGGUCGAUCGAUCUACGUCACCGAUGCCACCGCGACGGCUCCAGGAGGUUUUUACACCCCCGAGACCUACGGCACCUACAACACCUAUGCCAUCCCCCGGAGAAGGAGAUGA